AUGUAAGAUAAAUAAAAACCAAAAUUAUUCCUCGAAAAAUUAUUCGAUUUAUUAGAGUCUGGUGAAGCAUAUAACAUUAUUCAAUGGACUGUCGAUAAAGAUGCUAUCAAAAUUAUUAAUCGAUCAUAAUUGAUUCGAGAUAUCCUACCCAACAUUUUCAAAUAGACAUCUUAUAAGAGCUUCACCAAACAGAUGAAUCUUUACAAUUUUAAGAGUACAAAAGAUGAAAAUGGCUUUACUGUCUUUAUUAAUCCACAUUUUACUCAGAGUUCGCUGAAUCUUACAUUAAUCAUGGCAGAGAAACGAACCAUUAAAAAGUCUAAAAAGGAAGACACUAAGAAGAGAAGUGAACUGCAAUAAGAACACGAAUAACUCAAAUAAAAAUUGAUGGCAUUAUUCAAAUAUUAAGUCACUCUUUAAAAUGAAAUUAAAACAUAAUUAGAAAUCCACAAACAUCUUCAAAUGAGAGUGGCCAUUAUUAAAAAAUCUAUUUAUAGUCGUAAGGAGAAUGGGUUAAAGAGGAGAAGGAAAGUUUACAACUUUUUGAAUUCUUUUUUUACAAAUCUCAAAUCCUCAGUUAUAUGUCAAAAAUUUCUCAUUUUGAAUCAUGAUCUAAUAUGUUAAUGUGAUGACAAUGAUGAAGAGUAAUGUCGAGACUUUUAGACUUCUAGAUCAUUAUAUCAAACACCUUACUUGACACCUCGAAAUCUUACAAUUUUCUAAUAAAAUUCUAUAAGAUAAUUAUAAGAUUUAUUCUACGAUGAAGAUAAUAAGCCAAAAUCUUUUUUAUAACUAACACCUGAAUAAUAAAAAUAAUUUAUAGAAACUAUUUGGGAUGAUUGA